UGUUCUCUUCUUUGGGUAUCUUUCACUCUCACGUCUCCAACCCAUUCUUUAAAAAACAAAACAAAACUAACAAACAAAAACUUGUAUUGAAGCAACAUCUAGGCCUAGGCUGGAGCCUUAUUCUGAUAUGGCAGAAUCCUGUUACCAUCUUUUUGUAGGUUAAUUUCAAUGGUUUUAGACUGACUCACGCAAAUCUCCCAGUAUUAUUGAUGAAGACAGAAGAAAAGGUAUCACUAAAACCUCCCAGGAUUGGUUCAGGGAAAAAUAUUCUUUAUCUAUGGAAAAUUCAUUGUCUUAUCAAGAAGGAUGCCUUUGAAAUAGUGAAUUUUUAUUGUCUUUUUGCAAAUAAUAUUAAUACAUUGUUCAAGAAAAAAAGAUUUAAAAAUCUCAAGACAAAAAUGCUAUCCUAAUAGCGGUAAUGAAAAAAUAUAUAUGAAUCUCAUUCUUAACAAAGAAUUUAGUAGUUCAUGGGAAGUAUUGUCUGACUUAAAUCUAAAACCAUUGCAGUGGUUUUGAUUGGUCUGUUCAUGUUCUGGAAUGUGUUUAUAGAUCUUGGCCUCAGAUGCUUUUCCUGACUCAGAAAUUGGAAAACAUUUUGUUAGAGGAGCCAACAGUGAGCGCCUCUUGCUGCUGUAAAUUGGGCCCAGGGCUGACAUGUUACGAGCUGGUCCUGUCGCUCAGGGUGAGCCAUGAUGCUGAUGCCAUAGUUUCUUGUUUACAUAAAAACAGAAAGAAUGGACAAGACACUCUCUAAGUACAAGGUAAUUACUACUGAGAAAUGUCCAGGAGUCCAUUAGUGAAAGAGGAACUUGAGGAAAAGGAGAGAGAGAAGAGAAAUUGCACUGUCCCUUCAUUAAUUACUCUCUUGUUUUAGAAUGCAGGUAGUCCUUUGGCUUAUUUUCAAAGUGUGGUAUGUUUCACUUUUGUUCAAACCUGUCAAAUUCUCAAAGGAAAACCUACUUAAAAUAUUCUUUUCUUCUUUUUGGGGGGGCUGCUUUGGUGUAUUGAAGAUGAUUAAGAGCUGCAAUUUGUGAGGAUUUUGAUGGCAUUUUUUGGCAGUGGUAGUGCAGGACGGGAGAGAUGGGCCGUAGCAUUUAAUUAUUAGCAGGGAGUCACAGGCCACCUGUCCAGCUUUCCUCACAGCGAGGGAGUGGUCUCUGCUAUCUGUUCUUCCCACCUCUGCUGGAUAAAUUCCGGAAAAGGAAUCUCACCGAUGGAUGAGCUGUACUUCCUCUUCUGAAACACAAGAGCUAUGGAGCUGAGGAGCAUUGUCUCCAUUUGGCACAUAUUGGCCACUCAGUAAAAAUUGAUGAGCGAAUGAAAGAUGAACCACUGAGAUCCCAGGGCUGCUUCUCACUUCUUCUUAGGGCGGUUAAGGCCCUCUUGACAUUUUUGGAAGAUGAUAAAUGUAUGCUCUUGAAAUAUCCUUGUCUAGACCAAACAGCCCCAGUUACUCCACAGUCUUUGGAUACUGUGUCCCAUUUCUCUCCUUCUUGUCCUCCUGCUGGCUGAGUUCUAGUUUAUCAAUGUUUUUCUUAACAUACUGUAAAAAUAUCUGAACAAAAUGCCCCAGAUGCCUUGGUUUGAAUUCAGAUUUAUCGCUUAUGAAAUGUUUGACCCUAGGCAAGUUGCUUAAUCUCUUUGUACCUCACUGUCCUCAUCUAUGAAGUUGGGGAUAAUUGUAUACUCAUUUAUAAGAUUAUUAUAAGGAAUAAACAAAUUAGUUUAUGCUAAUUAUUUAUGCCCAUGACAGUUCCUAGAACAAAAUAAGCACUCUGUGUUAGCUUUUGUUAAACUUACAGUGAAAAACAUACAUGUCUUACUAUCUGAAGUGCAGUUAGCUUUUUCAAAGAGGCUUCCAAAUUAGGGCUAUGUUUAAACCCUAGCUCUGCCACUGAGUGUUCUUGGGCAAGUUACUUUACCUGUCUACGCUUCUGUUUCUUCAUCUGAAAAAGAGCAUAAAAGAAUAAAAGCAUUUGAAUUUUUGAGCCCUAAUUAAGACCCUUGAGGGCAGAGCCAUGAUUUACAUUUCUUUGCUUUUUUUUCUUAAACUCCCCCCCACUCCCAAAACCCCAACUCUACCUGGUAUGCCAUAUGUACAAUGAUUGCUAAAUUAAAAGAGUAAAUGUUUAAACUGAGUUUUCCCUUUGAGUCUACCUUUGUAGUGGAAAAAUGAAGUUAUUCUGUGUUACUUAAAGCUGUGCAUUCACAAGUUUCUAGUGGUAUUUUGCCUCGUUGUUCUAAAGAAUGUAUUCUGUUUGCCACUGUGCAUUGUCUAAUUUUCUUGGGCUUCAGGAUAUAUAGGCUUGUUUGAUCACUUCUCUCCUCAUUACCUGCUGUCUAGGAAUUUCUAGGGGAUGUUUAGGCUGGUAGCUGCAUUGGCCACUAGUCUUUCAAAUGGCUGGUGAGGUGGGUAAGUAAUCAGGUGAGUGACAAAGGUUAUAGCCAAUUUUCCUGGGAUUCUGUGAUUCAUUUUUCUUGUGUCCUUGAAGCUUUAAGCAAGUGAGUUUUAAAGUUGUUGAGAAAGUGGGAGACUGUUUUAAAAAAUGGUUUAUAGUUAUUAAUGUUUUCAAUUCUUGGUCGGAUUUAAAAGGUGGGUUAAACUGCUAAAGUGAAUAUAAAUUAAAACCAGUUAAAUAGAGGAGUCCCUCGUCCAUUCUGUCUUUGGUGUGCUUAGGAUUCCAUAAAUUUUACGGGUCUCCAAAUCCUUGCCUUGUUUUGAAUGUUUCUAAUAAGACGGAGUAAAGUGGCUUACACCUCAUGAGACAUGGAACCGUUACCCAGGAAUGCUGCUUGGCGCACAUAUAAAGAAAGCACUGGUCUAUUGAUUCAUAAAAAAUGUGUGGCUGAUUUUCCUGGGACAUGUGCAUUAUUUUCACAGAAGAAUUUCAUUUUUUACUUCCUCCCACCCUGUGCAUCACUUGUACACGUUUGCAAUUCAUCAACUGUGAUUUCUAAAAUUUUGACCCCCUCCUCUCUCAAACCACCUCCAGCCACUACCUAAAGUGAAAGAGAUUAUGUAGGGAGGAGGGAAAUUCUCUUAAAUGCCUCAUUUUCCUGUAUAUAAGGGGCAUGGUGAAUUUGAGAAAUGGUCUGAAUUUUAGUCCAGAUGACUCAAUGCAAUUAUGAAACAAAUUGGAAACUGUUUCCAUGAAAGAGAGUAUGUGUGCAGUUUCCAUGAAAAGUGUGUGUGUGUGUGUGUGUGAGUGAACAUGUGUUUAUGUCAGCUUUUUCACUCUUUCUUUCUCUUUGUCCUCUUUCUGUGCAGUCUCAAGGCUAUAUUUGAGGUUGGCUGUAUAGAAAUGAAGUCAUGCUGCGCAGCCUCACCUUCUAAACCCAAAAUACACCAAGUAGAAGACUGUAUAGCUCAAUCUGGUGACAAUCUCAUGUACAGCACUUUUACUUAACAUUGAGGCUGCGAGAAAAAAGUAAAUAGCUAACUUUGUCUUAGAAAGUAAUAGCUCUUUUCUUCAGUGAAAAUAGCAUUUUUAAAAAAAUUCUACCUGGUAUACCAGGUAUAUAUUUUUUUUAUCCUGUGAAAAAAAUUUCUUGGAAAAUGAGGGAACGCAAGGAUUAGUGCUAACUUUUCUUUUUCACACAUCCAACUUUUGAUUUUCUAGUGAGGCAGAGCCGUUUUCCUUCAGACGCUUGAGGGAAAGGGAAAUGGCCUCCAGCCUUGUUCACAUUCAGACGCCAAGACCCAAAGAGUUAAUAACUUUGCUUCAAGUUGAAAGAAAAAUUCCUCCGGGAGGAGGAAGGCCAUAGAGAUUAAACCCUUGGCCUUUGGAGCCAGACCCACAUAGAUUCAGACUGUGGCUCUGCCACUCCAUGUGUGACUAGGGCAAAUUGUUGGACCUCAGUUUCAGUUUCCUCAUCUGUGCGGUGGAGACAAUCGUGCGUGCCACUUGAUGUUGUGGCGAUGGUGUCAUAGUGUGUGUAACAUCUGGCAUGUGAAACAGAGUCGUCAGUCACUGCUGAGUUAGUGCCUACCUCAUCAUGGAACAUUUCAAGUGAACUUGACAAAGAUUCUUACCUGACUCUUGAUGAACCAAUGAAUAAUAUCACCACGUCCCUGGGCCAGACGGCAGAACUGCACUGCAAAGUCUCCGGGAAUCCGCCUCCCACCAUCCGCUGGUUCAAAAAUGAUGCACCUGUGGUCCAGGAGCCCAGGAGAAUCUCCUUUCGGGCAACCAACUAUGGCUCUCGGCUGCGGAUCAGAAACCUCGACACCACAGACACAGGCUACUUCCAGUGUGUGGCAACGAAUGGCAAGAAGGUGGUUUCUACCACUGGAGUCUUGUUUGUCAAGUUUGGCCCCCCUCCCACUGCAAGUCCAGGAUACUCAGAUGAGUAUGAAGAAGAUGGAUUCUGUCAGCCAUACAGAGGGAUCGCAUGUGCGAGAUUUAUUGGCAACCGCACCGUCUAUAUGGAGUCUUUGCACAUGCAAGGGGAAAUAGAAAAUCAGAUCACAGCUGCCUUCACCAUGAUCGGCACUUCCAGUCACUUAUCGGAUAAGUGUUCUCAGUUCGCCAUUCCUUCCCUGUGCCACUACGCCUUCCCAUACUGUGACGAAACCUCAGCCGUCCCAAAGCCCCGAGACUUGUGUCGCGAUGAAUGUGAAAUCCUGGAAAACGUCCUGUGUCAAACAGAAUACAUUUUUGCAAGAUCGAAUCCCAUGAUUCUGAUGAGGCUGAAACUGCCAAACUGUGAAGAUCUCCCGCAGCCAGAGAGCCCAGAAGCUGCAAACUGCAUCCGGAUAGGAAUCCCCAUGGCCGAUCCUAUAAAUAAAAAUCACAAGUGCUAUAACAACACAGGUGUGGACUACCGGGGCACCGUCAGCGUGACCAAAUCAGGGCGACAGUGCCAGCCGUGGAAUUCCCAGUACCCGCACACGCACACCUUCACCGCCCUGCGUUUCCCAGAGCUGAACGGAGGCCAUUCCUACUGCCGCAACCCAGGGAAUCAGAAGGAAGCUCCCUGGUGCUUUACCUUGGAUGAAAACUUUAAGUCCGAUCUCUGUGACAUCCCAGCAUGUGAUUCAAAGGAUUCCAAGGAGAAGAACAAAAUGGAAAUCCUGUACAUACUGGUGCCAAGUGUUGCCAUUCCCCUGGCCAUCGCUUUACUCUUCUUCUUCAUUUGUGUCUGCCGCAAUAACCAGAAGUCAUCAUCGCCGCCAGUCCAGAGGCAGCCAAAACACGUCAGGGGUCAGAACGUAGAGAUGUCAAUGCUGAAUGCAUAUAAACCCAAGAGCAAGGCUAAAGAGCUGCCUCUUUCUGCUGUACGUUUUAUGGAAGAACUGGGUGAAUGUGCCUUUGGAAAAAUCUAUAAAGGCCAUCUCUAUCUCCCAGGCAUGGACCAUGCUCAGCUGGUCGCCAUCAAGACCUUGAAAGACUAUAACAACCCCCAGCAAUGGACAGAAUUUCAACAAGAAGCCUCCCUGAUGGCCGAACUACACCACCCCAAUAUUGUCUGCCUUCUAGGUGCUGUCACUCAGGAACAACCUGUGUGCAUGCUAUUUGAGUAUACAAAUCAGGGGGACCUCCAUGAGUUCCUCAUCAUGCGAUCCCCACAUUCCGACGUUGGCUGCAGCAGCGAUGAAGAUGGGACUGUGAAGUCCAGCCUGGAUCAUGGAGAUUUUCUGCACAUUGCAAUUCAGAUCGCAGCUGGCAUGGAAUACCUGUCCAGUCACUUCUUUGUCCACAAGGACCUUGCAGCGCGCAAUAUUUUAAUCGGGGAGCAACUUCAUGUAAAGAUUUCAGACCUUGGGCUUUCCAGAGAAAUUUACUCCGCUGAUUACUACAGGGUACAGAGUAAGUCUUUGCUGCCCAUUCGCUGGAUGCCCCCCGAAGCCAUCGUGUAUGGCAAAUUCUCUUCUGAUUCAGAUAUCUGGUCCUUUGGGGUUGUCUUGUGGGAAAUUUUCAGUUUUGGACUCCAGCCGUAUUAUGGAUUUAGUAACCAAGAAGUGAUCGAGAUGGUGAGAAAGCGACAGCUCUUGCCAUGCUCUGAAGACUGUCCGCCCAGAAUGUACAGCCUCAUGACAGAGUGCUGGAAUGAGAUCCCUUCCAGAAGACCAAGAUUUAAAGAUAUUCACGUCCGGCUUCGGUCCUGGGAGGGCCUCUCAAGUCACACCAGCUCUACUACUCCUUCCGGGGGAAAUGCUACCACGCAGACAACCUCCCUCAGUGCCAGCCCAGUGAGUAAUCUCAGUAACCCCAGAUAUCCCAACUACAUGUUCCCAAGCCAGGGCAUUACACCACAGGGCCAGAUUGCUGGUUUCAUUGGCCCACCAAUACCUCAGAACCAGCGGUUCAUUCCCAUCAAUGGAUACCCAAUACCUCCUGGAUACGCAGCAUUUCCAGCUGCCCACUACCAGCCAGCAGGUCCUCCCAGAGUGAUUCAGCACUGCCCACCUCCCAAGAGUCGGUCCCCAAGCAGCGCCAGCGGGUCCACUAGCACUGGCCAUGUGACCAGCUUGCCCUCAUCAGGAUCCAAUCAGGAAGCCAAUAUUCCUUUACUACCACACAUGUCAAUUCCAAAUCAUCCUAGUGGAAUGGGUAUCACCGUUUUUGGCAACAAAUCUCAAAAACCUUACAAAAUAGACUCAAAGCAGCCAUCUUUGCUAGGAGACUCCAAUAUUCAUGGACACACCGAAUCUAUGAUUUCUGCAGAACUGUAAAAUACACGACUUUAUAAAUGUGGUAUACAGGACAAACUAGAAAGCCGUACAAAAGAUUUAUAUUCAAAGGUUUUUUAUUAAAGUAAGUUUCUCAUUUAGCAGACAUGGCAACAAGUAUCUUCUGUGAAGUUUAACUGUGUCUUACCAAGCAGGACAGACACUAGCCAGAAAAGAAAGAAGAACAAUGUAGGAUUCACACUCCAUCGGGGUACAAGACAUGAUGCUGGGAUUGGAACAUAAUGGUUUCAAGGACUGAAAAUUGCAAACCAGUGAAGACGAAAAGAACCUUGUGAUUAGAUUUCAAACCAAAAAGGAAAGUCAAAUGGUGCUUUGUGACUGGUCUCUCCCCAAAAUGUAUAUAUACCAUAGCAUUUGUCUACCUGCUGUCUUUUCUUCGGGACAGAUGUUCAGGAAUUAUAUUGAUUCAGUUUAGACUCCGUGCAUGUUUGUAUGGAAGUGAUGUUCAGAAUCAAUGAAGAAACUUUAGGCCAAAUUUGAAAUACCGGAUGGAAAUGAGCCAUAAGACAAAGUAGACCAUCCUCUGAAGCCUUCUCCGUAAUGGGGCUUCUUUGGGAAGGUGCAGAGUGUGCCUCUUUGUGAACCUCCUCUUCUGAUCAUGAAGGCCUUUUCCACAUUUCCUUUUUCACAGCGUGUUUACACAGCCCUCGAAAUAACACAGGGCAUCAGACCAUAAGAAGGCUAGAUGUGGAUGCUGGAAAUGGUCGAUAGUUCACUUUGCCACAUUAGGAAUGAGGUGCCAAGGGCAACACAGUCAGGGGUCCCUCAGCCUAGACCAGCAUCCACAGGAGAGGAAAAAGGGUUCCCAUGGUGACAGCAUUCACAGAAGUUUCCCUAGAUCAGUAACAUUGAAAAAUAAAUUUGUGGCUAUAGAUGAGCACACCCACGCCUUGAAUGAAACCCCCUGUUGACAGGUUGUCCGAGGUGUCAGAGUGCUUACCAUCAGUGGACUCUAGGGAGGUAGGAAACCCCAUGAUGAUACCAAUAUUUAGUAAAUUUAAAGUUUCUCUCACUUUUUUUUCCAUGCUAGAAAUGUUCACAGAUUUGAUUCUAGCCCCCAGAGUUAUAACAGUUUAUUCAUAGUUAGUUGGAAUCCAAAGACAACGAAUUCUAUUUUGUAAAAUAUUACAUAUUUCUAAAAAGCAAGUACUGAGUUCUCAUUUCAAAGACUACCAAGAACUGAAUUUUCUAAGCUGGUAAAUACAAGCAACAAGAUCAUUUUUCCCUUAGUUAGAGGGAGGAAUCAAAUGUGCAUCUCAUGGCAUUUACCUGCCAACCAUGUUUUGCCAAGUUUAGAAUUCUUAUGGGUUUCAAGUUCUAUAUAGAGAGGAAUUUUGUAUUUGAUUUUUCUCUUGUUAAAAAAAAAACUCCUUUAUUCUAAAAACAAUGUCUCAAAGUCUCAUUUUCAUUUUAAAGGUAUAAGAGAAUUAUAAAGAGACUUACAGGAUCUAAAGUAAUUCCUGGAAAUGAUAUUUAAUGAGGAGAAGGUAUGAGAAUUAGAAACACAUUGAUGUUUCUAUUUUUUAAAAUACAAUUAGCAAGAGAAAUCAAGAAAAUAUGUUUGCCAAAGUGUGUUGCAAUUUUCCCAAACCUGAGUCUUCAAACCACAAACAUGAACUUAUAGGUACUGUGAACUCAAAGAAUUGGCUAUAUCCAGAUUUCUGGGCAAUAAGUUAAGACAUUUUUGUGGCAUAAAUAAGCUGAUUCAGAAUUACAUUUCUUAACUUUAGGUAGAGGAGAAUAUUUGUAUCCUUUUGUUGCUAUGCAACUGUUUAAUGAUGAAGCUUCAAACCACAAUUUUGUAUAUCAUAUGACAAUCAAUUGUUUUCCAAGAAUAUUUAUUAUUUUAAGUAAACACAAUUUCAGUGAAUCUGAGUUUUUCUAGGAGUCCCUUAAAGGGAAAUUAGCAUUCCAUGAGCCAGUAAAAUACCUACUCUGGAAAAACAUUGUUACAAAUAAAAAAUAAAUUCAAGUUAGUUUUUUAUAAAGAACUAUAACAUUUAUUUUAAACAUUUUAUAAUAACUGAAAUCAUUAAGGUGAACAAACAAAAUUUCAAAACCACUUGUAAUAAUGUAUUUUAUAAUAGCACUGUGAUACUAUAUAACACAGUUCCUUUUGUAUUAAAGUAGUAUUUUUUCACAAACUGAAAAAUAUCUUUUGCUUUGUUGACAAUGUUUUGUAAGAUGACUUUAUUUUCAGAUUUUUUUUUGCACAAAACUAUGUUUAUGGUUUGUAUCACAGAAGUGAAAAUAUAUCUCUGCAUUUUUAUAUCUGGUCUAUUUUCUUGUUUCCUUUGUUUAUUUUUAGCUCGAUAUAAACUUUCUUUAAAUAUAUAAUGGCCAUAUUCAGAUAUCUCGCCCUACCAUAUCUUUCCCUAUUUUCACUGCAUGCAUUUAAUCAUUGUAUUACUUGAUGUUUGAUUUGUUAUUAUGGGCAUUUCAAAUAGGCAAGCAUUGAAUUGUAAUAACAAAAAAGGCUAUUUUAUAUUGAGGAUAUAUGCAUUUGUAUUUCACACACCAGAGAUGAUAUUAAACACUGAUUAUUUUAUGCUGCUGUUUAUUAAAAAUGUUUACUAUAAAA